AUGUCGUCCGAACAAUCCUCAGAUUCGCAGCCCUCCAUGAUCGGCGGACAUGUCAAGUACGUCCAAGGUGCGGUCUCGUCCGCGCUGGGCUACGAAUCAGGCGAACAAACCAAGACCGAAGCCGUGCAGGAGAUGAAAGACGCCAAGGCGCAGUCAGAUUCCCAGAGCCAGAGCCCGCCGUCGCAGUCGACCGUGCUGGGGACGAUCGAGAAUGCCGCGGGCAAGAUUACGGGGUGUGAGGGCAUGGUUGAUGAAGGGCAGCAUAGGAUCCCGGAGAAGAGAGGGGUGGAAGAGCAGAGCGGGACCGGUUGA